UUGUAUGCAUGAAAUAUUGACUAUGCGCCACUAGUUCCUUCAUUUCCUCUCUCAUAUCCAUUUUUCAUUUCUCCGAUUUCUACUCUACCGGAGAAACCAUGACGGCCAAUCUCCUCCGAUUCUCUCUCUCACACGAUCACAACCUCACAUCCAACUUCAUUCGCUCCAAUGUCAACCACGAACGACGCCGUACCAGCAGCUUUCACUUCAAUCCUCUCAUCCAUCAACGACGUCGUAGUAGUCAGCUAUUGCUGCGGCGCAAUGCCGUAUUCGCCAAGGCUGUUGAGUUCAAAGUUCCGGCGAGCGGAAAUGAGCAGCAGGUACAGUUGAAAAAUGAUGAGACGACGGCGCUACUAGAUGUGAGCGGGAUGAUGUGCGGCGCGUGUGUCUCACGUGUCAAAGCAAUCUUGUCAGCGGACGACAGAGUUGACUCGGCUGUGGUCAAUAUGUUGACCGAGACAGCUGCGGUUAAGUUGAAAGCCGAUGCAGCUGAGACUGGUUUGGCGGCUCAAGAGUUGGCUAAGAGGUUGACGGAAUGUGGUUUUCCGACGAAGAAGAGGUCAUCUGGGUUAGGAAUCGAUGCCAAGGUGAAGAAGUGGAAGGAAACGGUGAAGAAAAAGGAGGCGUUGCUUGUUGAGAGUCGUAACCGAGUGGCUUUCGCUUGGACUCUGGUUGCUUUAUGCUGUGGAACUCACGCUACUCAUAUAUUGCACUCUCUUGGCAUUCAUAUUCACGGUUCAAUGUUGGAUAUACUGCAUAAUUCUUAUGUCAAAGCUGGAUUGGCAGUUGGGGCUUUAUUAGGACCUGGACGAGACCUGCUCUUUGAUGGUCUUUGGGCAUUCACAAAGGGAUCACCAAAUAUGAACUCUCUUGUUGGCUUUGGAUCGAUUGCUGCUUUUGCAAUUAGUUCUGUCUCACUGCUUAACCCUGAGCUUCAAUGGGAAGCAUCAUUUUUUGAUGAGCCGGUCAUGCUUCUUGGGUUUGUAUUACUAGGGCGUUCCUUGGAGGAAAGGGCAAGGCUGAAGGCAUCUAGUGACAUGAAUGAGCUAUUAUCGCUUAUAUCCACUCAGUCUAGACUUGUAAUUACUUCCUCCAGCAGUGAUUCCUCGACUGACGUUGUCAGUUCUGAUGCAAUAUGUAUUGAAGUUCCAACAGAUGAUAUUCGAGUUGGUGAUUCUUUGCUCGUUUUUCCUGGAGAAACUAUACCCGUAGAUGGAAGAGUCGUUGCAGGUCGAAGUGUUGUGGAUGAAUCUAUGCUUACUGGAGAGUCUCUUCCGGUGUUUAAAGAGAAGGGUGUUUCUGUCUCAGCUGGCACAAUUAACUGGGACAGUCCUUUGAGGAUUGAGGCCUCUUCCACUGGUUCCAAUUCAACAAUUUCCAAGAUUGUUAACAUGGUUGAGGAUGCCCAAGGCCGUGAAGCACCAAUUCAGCGACUAGCAGAUACAAUUGCUGGGCCAUUUGUUUACAGUGUGAUGACAUUAUCAGCUGCCACAUUUGGGUUCUGGUAUUACAUUGGGUCAAACAUCUUCCCAGAUGUUCUAUUGAAUGAUAUUGCCGGACCAGAAGGAGAUCCUUUGCUUCUGAGCCUGAAACUUGCUGUAGAUGUAUUGGUUGUCUCCUGCCCUUGUGCUUUAGGCCUUGCCACACCAACUGCAAUUCUUGUUGGAACCUCACUAGGAGCAAGACAAGGACUUCUUAUCAGAGGAGGAGAUGUACUCGAACGCUUGGCAAGUGUGGAUCAUGUCAUGCUGGACAAGACGGGAACUCUGACUGAAGGAAAACCUGCUGUCUCUGCUAUCACGUCAUUGGGGCAUGAGGAAUUAGAGAUUCUUCAAAUAGCUGCUGCAGUGGAGAAAACAACAUCACACCCCAUUGCUCAUGCUAUUAUUAGCAAAGCAGAAUCAUUAAAUUUGAGUAUCCCUGUCACACGUGGACAAUUGGCGGAACCUGGCUCUGGAACCAUGGCAGAAGUAAAUGGGCUCUUGGUUGCAAUUGGAAAGCUGAAAUGGGUUCAAGAACGUUUCCAGCAUAAAACAGACCUUUCUGAUUUGAUGACUCUUGAGCAAUCUGUGAUGCAUAAAUCAUUACAGGACAGUCAAUCAUCUAAUCAUUCAACAACAGUUGUAUAUGUUGGUCGGGAGGGAGAGGGUGUGAUUGGGGCCAUUGCAAUAUCUGAUAAAUUACGCGAGGAUGCUGAGUCUACAAUAAGAAGGCUUCAGCACAAGGGAAUUGAAACAGUACUGUUAUCGGGAGACAGGGAAGAGGCAGUUGCAACUGUAGCUAAGACAGUAGGCAUAAAAGACAAAUUUGUCAAUGCAUCUUUAACACCCCAGCAGAAAUCUGCUGCCAUCUCAGGUCUUCAAGCUUCAGGCCACCGCGUCGCCAUGGUUGGUGAUGGUAUUAAUGAUGCACCUUCUCUUGCUCUUGCUGAUGUGGGGAUUGCUUUGCAAGUUGAAGGACAGGAAACUGCUGCUUCAAAUGCAGCAUCCAUUAUACUCCUUGGAAAUAGACUUUCACAGGUGCUGGAAGCUCUUGAUCUUGCACAGGCAACAAUGGCAAAAGUUCAUCAAAAUUUGUCUUGGGCGGUUGCAUAUAAUGUGGUUGCGAUACCCAUUGCAGCUGGAGUGCUACUUCCAAUUUUUGAUUUUGCAAUGACACCAUCUCUUUCAGGAGGGUUAAUGGCUAUGAGCUCAAUAUUGUCGUCAGCAACUCACUGUUGCUACAAUUCCAUGGUUCUCAGAAGAAAAGAAAAGAGAACCUUACCUAUAAACAUACUCAAAAGGAGCAAUAACUCUAAGCUCAUCGAAUAUAUGAAGUUGACAUGUAAGAAUCUGAAUCUAUGAAAUCUUUUGUGCUACUCAUUCUUGGACUUUGCUGUUAUGUAUAAUGUAUCAGCUGAGAGUAGCUGUAGUGUCAUAAUAUACUAGUGAUAGUUUAUAGAGAGUAUUGUCAGCACUAGCUUCCAUUUUAAAACCGAGGCAAUACUGUUGUUAACACGAAGUAAAUAAUAAAUAUUUGUCAUUA